UUUGCAUCUGCUAUACAGAAUGAAGGUCUUUGUAUUUAAUAGUCUAGUUUUGGUAGUACUGGGAACAUUACAAGUCACCUCUGCAGGUUGUUGUGCAGAUGGAUGGACAUCGUACAGAUCCCAUUGCUAUUUCAUUGCAUAUGGAGUAGAGCUGACAUUUGCAGAUGCACAACGUUACUGCAAAGCUAGAGGUGCAUAUCUUACACGACUUGAGACCUGGGCUGAAAAUAUAUUUCUGCGAAAGAUGCUCUCAAAAUCAAAAGCCGUGCACACGUGGAUGGGUUUGUCUGAUCAAACCUAUGAAUCGAUUUGGCGAUGGGCUGAUACAAAUAAACAUGCCACUUUCUCAGACUGGAGGCCUGGUGAGCCAAAUAAUUUGGGUAACGAAGAUUGUGUUGCGUUCUAUGCAGGAUCAGCCAACAGAUGGAAUGAUUAUCCAUGCCAACGUAAAUUGACACCAUUAUGCGAGAAGUCAUAAAAUACAAUAUCUCAAAGCCACAACUCUUUUACGCUCAAUAACAAUUUUCUUCCAACAGUAAAAUCGUCGAUGCUCUGAAUGGUUUCUGGAAACGAAAGAAAAUUCAGUUUAGGGAAAAAGUCUAAUACAUAGAUUUUAUUACAGAAAAGAAAUCAGCAAAUGAUUUGAUUAAACAAUAAAAACAAUAAAAGCAAAUUCAACAUUUACCAAGU